AUGGGGUGCUCGAAGUGUCGAUACAGCGAUCGCGGAUGCGCGCGGUGCGUGCGCGAUUUCGUCUCCAACAGCGCGGCGAGGACGGAGGGUAAACUCGGGAUAGCGUCCAAGGCGAACGCGAAUUCAAACGCGUCGAACGCGAAGACGGGGGAGAAACGACGGAAGAGCGCGUCGCAGGCGACGAGCGCGGUGAAGAGACACAAAACGAGCCCGGUGUUGAAGUCUGGGAAGUCGCGGAACUCGCUCGGGGCGAAGACGCCGGCGGUGAAGACGCCCAAGGCGAGAAGCGGGACGACGGGGACGGCGCCGAGUCGGGCGAGAGCGACGAAGACGCGCGAGGGCGGUGAGUCUCGGAUAGACGAAGAGGAUGAGUACGAGAGCGAUAAAGAAAACGUUAGAACUGCGAUGGACGGUGGUAAGUGGGGGGCGCGAUCGGUGGAUUCGGGCGGGAGGGUGCUGUUCGACGAGUGCGAGGCGCCGUCGCCGAAGCCGAUCGAGGAGAUGUCGCCGGGACAGCUGGAAAUGAUUGUCGCAAAGUCGCCGUCGUCGAUGCGAUUAGGCAAUGGAUUCGAUAAUGAUGCCCCGCAGUCACCUCUUGCGGCGGCUUUUGCGAUGAUUAGUGAAUUUUUGGAAUCGCCCAAGCGCGAACGCCAACACCGUAGCGGCGCCAACGUCGAGUCGUUUUGGGGACUCGCGGCGCAUUGAUGAUUUACUUUCACACGUCGAAGCGCACAGAAACACACA